UCACGGCUGCAGACAGGCGCAUGGUGCAGCGAUCGAGCGUCGACGAGAAACGCCAGAACAUUCGACUUGUCGUCGUCGUCGUUUCUCAGGUGGCCGGAAACAUUACUCGGGAAUCGACUGUCCAGUUUCCUGGGACUCUGGCCGAGUCAAUUCCAGCUCCGGGAAUGGACCAGGAGCGGCGUCGCGAGUCUUCUGCGUUUUGCGCACUUCGCGAGAACCGGCCAGAGUCCGAUGCGCAUCGAGUUCAGACCCGAAGAUGGUCCGCGAGCAGCGGAAACGUAUCGACAGCGUUUCGGAUAUCGCGGAGAGUGGCUCAUCGAGCAGCUGGGAAACGGUCUUGGUCCUCAGGAUGUUAGAUUACACAUGUUGCAACCUGUUCCCAGUACCUUCCUGACGCCACCUUCCCUUCAAUAGUAUAUAGGAAUUUCUUCUGAUCGACAAUGCACGUGAGACCUGUACAAACUGUGUUAAAUCGGUAUAAGACAACUUCCCUAGUUGUUAAAAGUAGAAUUAAUUCUCAAGUACACUUACGCAAACAAGUUUUUUUCAUUUUGUUACUAUUUAUUAUUUUGUAUGAGUUGAGAUAUAGUUGUUAUCUUGUGAGAAAAAUGUGUUAUAAAAUAUAUAAUCUGAAGUUAAUUAAAAUAUGCUUUAUAUGUAAAAAUGUAUUUUAUACGAAUUGUUUUUGCUGACGUUUUACAAGCGUAUUUAUAGCGCCCAAAUUUUAACGUAAUCCACUUGAAGGCCCGUUUGUGAGUUCCACGUGGGAUACCAGUUGUCUUUUGCGCGAUAAAACUUGUACAUGGCCUAUGAAAAAUAAUUUAACGUUGAUUAUGUUUUUAUUUGUUCAAGAGAUAUCCGAUAAGCUACUUCUCAUUUUAAAAUUUUAUAUAAUAUCACACCUUUGCCUCGACGUUUCGCCAUGGCUUGACAUUGCCAGCACUCGUGACGUGAUCCGCAAAUUCAUGAAUACCUCCAACAGCGACUGCCAAAGUCAAGUAUGACUGCAAGAUAAACAACAUUACGUCAU